UGCUUCAAGUUGUGCAACCAGUAAAACUGAAAUCAGACGACGUCACAUGAGAUUUUCCGGAACUCCUGGCUGUUUUCUGAGAGUUUGUCCUGAACCCGGUGUCGAGCUGCACCGACGGAGAGCCGCUCUGAAGCCCCCAAACUUCUCCCUGAAUGUCGAAGCUGAGCCGGAGCUCAGCGUCAUUACGAGAUGUCGUCUCCCGGCGCGUCUUUCGUGCAGAUCAAGUUCGAUGACAUCCUCUUCUACGAGAACUGCGGCGGCGGCAGCUUCGGGAGUGUGUACCGAGCCAGGUGGAUCUCCCAGGACAAAGAGGUGGCGGUGAAGAAACUGCUCAAGAUUGAAAACGAGGCUGAAAUCCUCAGCGUCCUCAGCCACCGGAACAUCAUCCAGUUUUUUGGUGCAAUUGUUGAGGCUCCCAACUAUGGCAUCGUCACCGAGUACGCCAGCGGUGGCUCGCUGUACGAUUACCUGUCGAGUGAUGAGAGUGAGAAGAUGGACAUGGGACAGGUCAUGACAUGGGCUGCACAGAUUGCCAGAGGAAUGCACUAUUUACAUUCAGAGGCCCCUGUAAAGGUGAUCCACAGAGACCUAAAAUCCAGGAAUGUGGUUUUAGCUGCAGACAAGGUUCUCAAGAUCUGUGAUUUUGGGGCGUCUAAGUUCCUGACACACACAACACACAUGUCGUUGGUGGGCACGUUUCCCUGGAUGGCUCCGGAGGUGAUCCAGAGUCUGCCUGUGUCAGAGACCUGUGACACCUUCUCCUAUGGCGUGGUGCUUUGGGAAAUGCUCACCCGUGAGAUACCCUUCAAAGGCCUGGAAGGCUUACAGGUGGCCUGGCUGGUGGUGGAGAAGAAUGAGAGGCUAACUAUUCCUAGUGGCUGUCCUAAAUGCUUCGCUGAGCUCAUGAGAAUGUGCUGGGUGACAGAACCAAAAGAACGACCGAUGUUCAAGAAGAUCCUUUCUACUUUGGAGUCCAUGUCUAAUGACAGCCAACUUCCUCAACAGUGCAACUCUUUCCUUCACAACAAGGCUGAAUGGAGGUGUGAGAUUGAAGCUACACUUGAGAGACUUAAGAAGUUGGAGAGAGACCUGAGCACCAAAGAGCAGGAGCUGAAGGAGCGAGAGCGGCGUCUAAAGAUGUGGGAGCGCAAACUCAUCGAGCAGUCCAACAGCCCGUUGCUGCCCACCCUUGACAUAUAUACCUGGACAGAAGAGCAUGUGUAUUUCUGGAUGCAGCAAAUAUUUGGUGCAGGCGAUGUUUCAAGUGGCAUGCAGUUCUACGCUGACCUGUUUAAAGAAAAUCACAUCACCGGAAAAAGGUUGCUGUUACUCACAGAAAACGACAUGCGAGACUUGGGGGUCAAGUCCAAAGGCCACGUCAUGCACCUUAAGGAUGAAAUCGAAAAGCUUGCUCACGAUUACCUGGGGCUUGUGCACUUCCCACCACUGUUGAAGGACGAGCUGGAAAAGGAGGUGGAAGGGAGCAAAACUGUAAAUCUGGAGCUGGUGUUUGGGUACCACUGGAAGCCAGGAACGGGAAACUCUGACUGCAAAUGGAAAAUGUACAUGGAACUUGACGGCGAUGACGUUGCUGUCGCUUACAUCAAAGAUGUCAUCUUUAAUGCCAACCGGCAGGAUGUGGAAACUCUGCGGAUGACAAAGCCACCUUUUGUAAUGGACAAAUGGAUUGUUGGAUUACAACAGAACCAUAGAGUCGACUACACAGUCAAUUAUGAGAAUGAUGUCAAGUCACCAAAGUCUACUAGACACAGCUGCCCGGUGACGUGGAGUGUCAGUGGUGGACGAGAUGAGAUCAAGACUGUGGAGCUGGUCAUCGGAACAACACCAGCUGACCCCGACCGGUACCCCAGGAACAGAUCAAACUCUGAUAUUGAUCCAAACUGGAUGUACAGCGUGAAGCUAAAGCAGAUUAUGACCCAGAAAUCGCUGCCGGCGCCUACUCCACUGUCUAGCUCCGAAGCCCGCACUCUUCCUCAGUUCCUGUCUGCACAUGAAAGCCAAGUGUCUUCUUAUGCUGCAGCUGUGCGUCGCUCUCCAAGCCGCAACCACGCGUCUCCCUGGAAUGACUCGUGCAGCUCCUCACCAACCGCCAGCCUGUCAGCCAAACUGUCACCGCUCCAUCUGGGGUCAAAGGGCAGCAGUCCCUCCAGCACCACGUCGGAGAGCACCUUGGAGAGGGAUCGGCCGCUCAGUGCCGGAGCGUUGCACGACUACCGCAGAAACACUUACUUUGGAAGCACAUUAACUGUAGGAGGUGGUCAGGGGAGAGGCACAAGUAGCAGAGGUAACCAUAUUCAUAAUAAAACCAGCAAAACCUCACGACAGCCAGGGAGGCCACGGUCCAGCAGUUACAGUGUCGCACCACAGAACCGCCCACCGAUGAUACCGGGGAUAUUGUCUGUGACAGGACACCUCAAUGAGGAGAAAGAGGCGGCGAAAGCCAGCGAUGGAGGGUGGAUCAAAGUGGAGCGUCAGAAAAGAUUACCACGUCAGGACCAUAAACAAGUCAGAGGUCGAGGGAGGAGAGGGGGCAGGGGAGGGCGUGGAGCUGGUGGAAGAACGCACAUGAACUGACAGCUUCUUAUGCGAUGAUCAUGUCACGUACUAAGAAGGUUUUAGAUUUGAAUUAUGUCUACUUGCAUGCUCAAAAGGGAACUAUGUAUUUUAAGAGAACUACACUCCUUUCUAUGAUGUAAAUAUGUGCAAGACAAAGUGCCGCUUGUUUUUUCUUUUUAAAUAGUUCAUUUAAUUAAUGUAAAUGAGCCUAUACGCUCAGGAUGUAUUUAUUAUUAUCAUUUAAAAAAUGGACAAUUUGUUUUUUUUUUUUCAUCUGUUAACACUCAUGUCGUCCUGUGGGUCAAAAUGGACUCGCUUUAGUUAUUAAAAAUGUGUAUUUUCACAGUGAAACUUCUGAUGUUGACAUUUUUGUGAAAUCUUUGGACAGUUUUUGGUGGGGAAAAAAGAAAUGUUAAAAAUGCUUCUUUAAGAAUAUUCAAAUAAAAAGCAACCAAAAUAGUGGUUGAUUUUUUUGUGACUGUACUUAAAGAAAAUAUUAGAAGUUUUACCAACAUAUAUGUAAUCACUUUCGAUAUUUUUAGGACUUUUUUGGAAGAUAUUUACUCAUUUUUUUGAAAAUAUUUACAAGAAUUUUCUUGCCAAAUUUGGUGGAUUUUUUAAAAUAAAACUUUUAAGGAAUUAGUGGAACUUUCAGAAAUUUGGGAGGUUUUUUUUGCUGAAUUUUUGGAUUUUUUUCAGACAAGGAAACAAUAUUUUUUGGUGAAUGACAACGGGAGGGUUAAAUAGCAAGUGGCUUCAACUGGUGACUGCAAUUAAAAAUAUGCUAUUUAUCAGCAUAUUUUCUCACAAAACAAACCCAAGAUUGCUUUAAAAAACACUCCAUUCUUCCCAUCCAUAUUUUCUGAAUUGCCUCUUAAGUGUCUGUUUCUGUAUUUCGGGCACAAGUAUAUUACUGACUCAGAAGUGUGGUGCGCUCCACCUCAGUCUUGAUAUGUUCUCCUUGGUGCUUAAAUCAUGUUCACUUCCUGCUGUUCACAGAAUGAUGUCGCCCUGUUUUUCUUUCAUCUCAAUUGUGCUGCAGUUUGUAGUCUCCUCUUCCCCCUGAUAUUCCCUUUUUUUGUUCAGCUUUAUUAAAAUGCAACUUUCGUA